CUCCAGUCUCCACCCAACUUAUACACUAUGAGUGUUCUCUAAACUGCUUCCUUUCCAUCAGUUUACCUCCAACCAGAAUGGCUUGUCUUAUGAAGACCGCUCCAUCAUGUAUUCUCAUUGUCCUUUUCUACAUAAUGAGUUCUGCUCAAGCUGUGGAAGAUCUAAAAAGAGAGUUUAUAUCAGCUCAGUCUGAUAAACCUGUUACUCUUGACUGUAAACUUGAACAUCAGACUGGUGACAAGAAUCAGUUUUGGUACAAACUAAUAUCGGGACAGGAACCGCAGGAAGUGGCAACAAAACUAGAAACAAAAGUCACAGGCAGUCUUUCACCUGGGUUUGAUAAAUUAGGAUUCAAAUUACACCACAAUUUUUCUUUAACUAUUGAACAACCUAAUAAAGCUCAUGAAGGAAUGUACUUCUGUGGACAAGAUGGAAACACCAAUAAGUUUUCUAAAGGAACAUUUGUAGCUGUAAAAGAUCAUUCACAGUCAGAAAUCUCAGUGCUGCAGAGUCCAGCGUUCCAGACCCUUUCUCCAGGAGAAGCAGUGAAUCUUCAGUGCACGGUCCAGCCUAACAACCAACCAGCAGAUCAGCAAGUGUUCUGGUUCAGAUCUUCUGCAGGACGAUCUUUUCCUGAAAUCAUCUUCACUCAUCACAACAGCAGCAGCAGCAGCAGCAAUCGUCAGUGUGAGAUCAGCUCUUCUAAAGACGGCUGUGUGUUCAACUUCACCAAGAACAUCUUCAACACCACUGAUACUGGAACUUACUACUGCGCUGUGGCGAGCUGUGGGAGGAUCAUUAUUGGAGAUGGAACUCCAGUAGACUUCAGAUCCUGAUGAUAAAGACGAGGAAUUCUACUUCACUGCCUUCAGUCCAAAUACUCUUUUCACCAGAGUCAGAUUCACCCCCUUUUCUCCCCACAAACCAACUCAGUAAAAGUUACUUUAUGUAAAUAAUAAUUUGUGAUUUUCAUAAACCCAUUUCUAUAUAGUUACUUUAUUGUUUUGUAGCUUUAAUUUAAACUGCUCUGUAUGAAUGUGUGUGGUUCUGUGUUUAUUUUGAUGUGAUGGGUGAAAUAUUUUUAUUUUGUGAAAUUAAGUUUAAAAUAAUGUGUGUAUUUUUUAUUUUAGUUUUUUACAAAAUAUAAG